AUGACACAGUCGGGACCGCGAAAGGGCGACCCAACCUUAGAGAUAUGGAUAGGUGAACGGAGCCUAUACAUCUUCAUUGUCUUCUUGACCGUCUUCGGCUCCGUCAUCUUGAUUCCUACAGCAUACAUUCGCUGGCGGCACAAACGACUGAGGGAACCAGAAGUCAUCUUUAUUGUACUUGCAUAUAUAUUCUUCCUUGCAAACGAGCUCGUCCUUCUUGGCCUUCAGACACGAGUCUACCGGCUGAGCUAUGUAGCUCUACAGAUGAAGCCGCCCUAUCGGGAGAUCCUCAAUGAUAGACACGACGUUAUCAUCCUCGCAUAUGCCUCAACCUACCUCUUUUACUCCGCUCUCUGGUGCAUCAAAAUUUCCUUGCUCCUUUUCUUCCGCCCAUUUCUGAGGGCAUUACCCGACCAACUUAGGUGGUGGAAUGUGACAAUUACAUACCUCUUCAUCACCUUCGUAUUAGGAUUCCUUGCUACACUGCUCUCUUGUGGUGGGCCUCGACAGCUCAACCACGUUGCUCCUGGCCAAAUUAUGAUACUUCCACUCAGACUCAUAUACGGAAUGCACAUUUCAUACGCACAGAAAAUUAGAGCGGGUGCUCUGUUUUCUGUUGGAAUGCUUUGCAUGAUCACUGCUAUUAUCCGUCUUGUUCAGAUCGGCUCCAAGACUGGUAUUACGAAUCCAAAUGUCCAAUGGCUGUCUCUCUGGGGGACUGUCGAGGCUACAACUGGUAUGUGUUUCUUGGAUCCCUAG